AAUUUCACCUUCGCUGCAAACUCUCCAACCAAAACGGUUACCCAAAUUGAUCACAUAGCUAUUCUUCCAUUGUUUCUUUCUUCUUUCUUGCCAAGACCCUUUCUUUAUAUUAAGAUUAACCCAAUAGAAUGUUAUCCAACUGGACCAAUUCUCUUUUAUUACUCCCUCUGUUAUCAUUUCUUUAUUCAAUUGCUUGCGCAAACUAAUAAGCAGCACAAGGAAGGAAGAGCACAGCAAAAACACCUCCCACCAAACAACACAGUUUUUAGCUUUAACUGGAUCGCUUACAGAUUGUAGAUUUAAGGUGGUUGGUUUAGUCUGGAAUUUGGAGUGGAGGUAGUGUUCGUAGUUUUGAUCCCAUGGAUAGUUUCUGCUGUUUUGGUGCUUCCUACUCUAAGCUUGUGGGAGGACGAUCAUCAUCAAGCUCUGGAAAGGGUAAAAGUCAUGAGGGUUUAAUCAAGUAUGGUUUCAGCCUAAUAAAAGGGAAAGCUAAUCAUCCCAUGGAGGAUUAUCAUGUCGCUAAGUUCGUGCAGAUUCAAGGACAUGAAUUGGGGCUUUUUGCUAUCUAUGAUGGCCAUUUGGGAGAUGGUGUGCCUGCAUACUUACAGAAGCAUUUGUUUUCUAAUAUCUUAAAGGAGGAAGAGUUCUGGGUUGAUCCCAACAGAUCUAUAUCAAAAGCCUAUGAGAGGACUGACCAGGCGAUUCUCUCUCACGGUUCUGAGGUGGGGCGAGGUGGGUCUACAGCUGUGACGGCAAUUUUGAUAAAUGGUCAAAAGUUAUUGGUAGCUAAUGUUGGGGAUUCGAGAGCUGUAAUUUCAAGAGGAGGUAAGGCAAUUCAAAUGAGUACAGACCAUGAACCUAACACUGAACGAGGCAGCAUAGAGCACAGGGGUGGCUUUGUCUCUAACAUGCCAGGAGAUGUCCCUAGAGUCAACGGGCAGCUGGCAGUAUCUCGUGCUUUUGGAGACAAGAGCCUUAAAUUGCAUCUGCGAUCAGAUCCUGACAUUCAAGACACCAACAUAGAUAACAAUGUACAUUUCUUAAUCCUUGCAAGCGAUGGCCUUUGGAAGGUGGUAUCAAAUCAAGAAGCUGUUGAUAUAGCAACAAGGAUUAAAGACCCAUUGAAAGCAGCUAAGCAGUUAACUACUGAGGCAUUGAAAAGAGACAGUAAAGAUGAUAUAUCCUGUAUCGUUGUUCGAUUUAAGGCGUAAAGCCUAUCGAACACUAUCUUUCUCCCAGAUCUGCGUACAUAAACUAUACUAGAUUUGCUUUACUAGGGUUUUCAUUUUGUGGAUUAGACAAACAACAAAUACAAGCUUAGCUUAGAGGUUCUGCAGUAGUAUCUAAUUUGUGAAGGAGAGUAAAGGGUUUCCCAGGCUUUGUAAAUUUACUUUAUAGAUUAGGUUGUGGUGCUUGAAAGUGUUUGAUUGAAUUAGAAAUCUGAUGUAAAUUGUCUUAUAAUCUUUUUUUAGUGAAGAAUAUUGCUUUGAUUGCA